CUUUUGUGAAUUUAUCAGUGUCCUCGCUCGCUGCUCUCUGGUCACUGCUACUUGUAGAAAGUACGCGUGGCCUCCGCCGCAUUUCCUUCCAGAACUGUCACACACUUCUUACUACACUUUAAUUAACGAACUCCUUUGAAGCUAAACUACAGAGUCUCCAAAUUACAAAAACAAGAAUUAGAAACACUUGUUUUCACUCUCCCCAACCAAUUCACCAGAAGAGGGAAACUAAAAUAUCUCGAGGCCAGCCAUGUCUCUAAGCAACAAUAUUACAGCUUUUUUGAACUUUGUGGCGUUCAUGUGUUCUAUCCCCAUAAUCGCCGCCGGCACGUGGCUUGCUUCUAAGCCAGACAACGAGUGCAUUCACUGGCUCCGUUGGCCCGUUGUUUUCAUGGGUCUCGCCGUUAUGCUAGUUUCUUUAGUUGGUUUUGUCGGUGCUUACUGGAAAAAAGAGGGACUUUUGGGUGUCUACUUGGUGUGUAUGGCCAUUCUUAUCAUCCUUCUCCUUGUCCUCUUAGUUCUUGCCUUUGUUGUCACGCGCCCCAACGGCGCGUAUUUGGUACCCGGUAGGGGUUACAGUGAGUACAGGCUUGCUCGUUUCUCUUCCUGGCUCAGGAAUCAUAUUACAAGUUCUGAUAAUUGGGGGAAGAUAAGGGCUUGUUUGGCUGAUUCUAAUAUUUGUCCUAAGCUUAAUAAUGAGUUUAUUACUGCUGAUCAGUUCUUCGCUGCUCAUCUCUCCCCUAUCCAGUCUGGAUGUUGUAAACCUCCAACAAUAUGUGGAUACCAGUAUAUGAACCCAACGGUCUGGAAUAACCCAACAAACACAAUAGCAGACCCAGAUUGCUCCAUCUGGAACAAUGACCCAAACCAACUGUGCUACAACUGUGAUGCGUGCAAAGCUGGUUUGCUGGGAAAUAUCAGAAAAGAAUGGAGGAAAGUUAAUGUCAUUCUCAUCAUAACUGUGGUGGUUCUCAUUUGGGUAUAUCUCAUUGCCUGCUGUGCAUUCAGAAACGCCCAAACUGAACAACUUUUCCGACGUUACAAACAGGGUUGGGCUUGAUUUUUUUCUUUGUAUAUUGUCUUCUUUGUUCUUAAUGUUAGCUAAUCUGUAUUACUAUAAUGAAUAAUGAAACAAUAAACUUUCUGAAACAUAAAAUAGAAAUAGAAAGUUAGCAACAACAGAAUAUCGAAA